GAAACUCACCACCAAAAAAGCAGCAAGUCUGUUGCAUCGAUAUAGGAGAUAGCUGUUACGAGAAACGAUUCCUGGGUUAAUUGGAAGAAAAGACCGAUGAAGCUUUUGGAUUCAUUAAUUACAACUUUUCAACAUGGGACUUUUACAAGUACUGGAUCCAUUGUACGAACGAAUGUGUUGAGAAAGUCUAAUAACCUUCGCUCUUUACGGUUUAUUACUACGAAAUACAAUACCUCUCAGCAACGGCAAGGAAAGAACAGCAGUUCAGUUACUAUCCCUCGAUCAUUGAUGCCAAACCUUGGUCCUGGUGAUGUGUAUACCCCUUCGGACCUCACACUGGAGGCUGUUGAUGCGCAAAGAAACGAGUUUCGGCAGCGUCGUCCUGCGGAUCCGUUUACUGCUCUUGGUAAAUCGCCUCUAGACUAUUGGAAAAAUCCGGUGGUUCUUUCAGAGUAUUUGACCGAACUAGGUCGCAUAAAACAUCGAGCAGUAACGGGAUUGUCAGCCAAGCACCAACGUCAGCUUACAAGAGCCAUCAAACGAGCUCGUGCUACUGGUGUGCUUCCAAGUAAAUGUCGCUCGGUACAUUGGGCCUUACAGACAAAGUUUUGAGCGUGAUCAUUGUACUAUAUACUUUUAGGCUCGCUGUGUCUCUCGAGUCUACUACUACUACUACUACUACUACAUUUAUAGGUUUAUAAUUAACAGUAAUUGAUUAAAUGAAUGAAAAGAAACCUGACACUAGGCAGGACAUUACGGUAACAUAACGGAAAACGAUGAAAAUAACGGAAUGUGUAAAGAUAAAAGAUAAAACAGAGGAGGGA